AUGAAUCAAGACGCUGUAAAUGGUCUGAUUUCUCAAGCUAUAAGCUCGAACAAUGCUAAAUUCGAACGAGCUAUACAAGACCAACGCAACAUGUUUACUUCUGAAAUUGAAAGAUUGCAGAAAUUAAUAUACGACAAAGGCCUAGCCUCGAACGUUUUAGAAUACGAAACACAGACAAUUAAUUCAAGCAUUGCUUGUGAUGAGACCCUCGACAUUAUAAAGUCAUUACGUGAUUUCGACGGCACUAAAACCUCCUACAUAACAAAGGCAGCCAAUGAUGUGCUCACAAAUCAUGGUACUGUCCUAAAUUUCGAGGCAAUAUUGGCCAGACUAGACUUCGCAUAUGCUGACAAGCGACCUAUGCAUAUAAUCGAACAAGAACUAAGUGUUCUAAGACAGGGUUCUAUUAGUAUAAUAGAAUUCUACAACGCAAUCAACUGCAAGUUGACCCUGCUGACCAAUAAGACUAUUAUGACCCAUGGGUCAAAUUCGCCAAUAACGAAUGAACUCAAUGCUAUGAACAGACGCAAUGCUUUGAGAAUUUUCAUAACCGGCCUGAACGGCCAACUACCACAAAUAUUGUUCUCCCUCAAUCCACCAGACUUGCCCAACGCACUCGCUAAGGCGCAAGAACUUGGAAGAAUACAUAAUGAUUACAGGCAAUUACCACAACUUUUCGAACCUAUGGUUCUUGGUAGUUCUGUAAAUCGACCCAUCAAUAGAGAUGAUUUAAACCGAUACAAACAAUCUCAUAAUAAUCAUUCACAAAACCCAUUUAGACAGGGAAAUAAUAAUAACUAUAACAACAACGCAAAUACGCCGCGUUGGCAGAAACCAAAUUUUAAUACUUACAAUAACAAUACAAGACCUGUAUUUAAAAGGGAAAGGGAAAGUGCACAACAUUCUAUCCAACAACCCCCAGUAAAGACUGAGAGGAUACCGGUGCCAGAUACAUUGAGUGAUCCAAUCACUCUACCAAUUUUUAAACGCGCCCGAACGGUGAACGGGGAAAUUAUUAUUAAAAAGUGCUACGAAGCACUCAUAUUCGACACUAAGACAAGAUUUUAUGUUUUAGAAAAUCUAGAAUAUGCAGCUCUAAUAGGAGCAAACUUGUUAAGUCAAGUUAAUGCUAAGAUUGAUUUUAAUGACAAUACAUUAAAAUACAACAAUAAAGUUGAAAGAAUUUAUUUUGAUGACAAAGAAGUUAUCAACAAUAUUCAAGAAGUUAAAACAGAUCAAUUAAGAGUUGCAAUGAUGGAGAAAAUUAAAAGUAUCCAUAAUGACAUUGAUUUAACUCUUCCCUUCAGAACAGAUGUCAUGGCGGAAAUCCGUAUGGCCAAUGACAAACCUAUCUGGAGUAAACAAUUACCUUAUCCCCUAUCUGCAAAUAACUUCGUAAACAGUGAAGUUCACAAAAUGUUGGAAGAAGGAAUUAUCAGACCUUCCAAAUCUCCUUUCAAUAGCCCCGUCUGGGUUGUACCAAAAAAAGGUACAAACGAGGACGGCACACCAAAAAGUCGAUUAGUCAUCGAUUAUAAAAAGCUUAAUGAAAGCACGAUUUCUGACAAGUACCCUAUACCGGAUACUUAUGUCAUAUUAUCAAACUUAGGAAAAGCCAAAUACUUUUCCACCCUUGACUUGGAAUCAGGGUUCCAUCAAAUAAAAAUGAAACAGGAAGACAUUGAAAAAACCAGUUUUUCCGUUAAUAACGGAAAAUAUGAAUACACUCGAUUGCCCUUUGGAUUGAAGAAUGCGCCUUCAAUAUUCCAAAAAAAGAAAAAUUUACUCUCUACGAAGAGAAAGUAG